UCACCGUUGUCAGAGGACAUGUUGCGAAAAUAUCUGAAAGAGUUGGAUGUCUUUGGCAGAGACAAGGUCUUCGAAAAACUUCAAGAUUCUACCAUGGCCGGUGGGCAGGACCUGAGUUUGAACGAUGCUGAAGCAGCCAUGGCUCAGCUGGAAAUGAUCCUGCGCUUGGCUUCCGUUGCCAAAGUUCAGGCUUUGCCUGAAGAGACACCUGCAGAGACCCCUCCAGCAGCACAGGGAAAAGGAAAAGGAAAGGGCCCCAAGGGUCCUGCGAAAGGCGGUGCAGGUGCCGCUCCUGCGGAAGGCAAGGCUGCAGAAGACACCGAUGGGACUGUCCCGGAGGUCAAGGCAGAGGAAAAACCCGCCGAAGAAGCUGCGGAAACGAGUGCGGCACCCAAAGCUAAAGGAAAGGCCAAGGGCAAAGGACCACCGAAAGGAAAGCCAGCUGCCGAGGAAGCCAAAGAAGCCAAGGAAGAGAGCAAAGAAGAAGCGAAAGCAGAGGAGACGCCAGCGCCCAAAGGGAAAGGCCCCAAGGGUCCAGCCAAAGGAAAAGGACCUCCCGCCCCAGCUGGGAAGGGUCCCCCAGCCCCAGCAGGAAAGGGUCCAGCACCUCCUGCUGGUAAAGGUCCAGGGGCUCCAGCGGCCAAAGGCGGAGCUGGCAAGGGCGGCAAGGCUGGCGGCAAAGGUGGGAAGGGUGGCGCAGCCUCGGCCGAAACCAAACCAGCAGUGAAACCAGAGAAGCCCAUGAAGCCACUCUGGUGGAGCAAGAUGUUGUUUGGUGCUCAGCUGAAGAAGGGAGAGACCAUUUGGGACGAGGUGAAGGAUGACAUGGAUAAGCUGCCCUUGGAGGAGCUCACUGAGAGAUUUUCCAAGUCUGCGGUGGCCAAAGAGAAGCCAAAGAAGGAGAAGGAGGAGGGCAAGAAGGAGGAGUUAAAAUCCUUGCGCAUCAUCACCGAUCCUCAGAUCGUGGUCGGCAAGGAAGCAUCCUUGAAGAAACUUCCGGAGCCUAGUGAAGUCGCACGCGCGCUAAAUGAGCUGGACGAUAGUGUUCUGGACAUGGAGCUCUUGCAAGUGGUCAAGGAUAAUGCGUGUCCUACACCUCCACAGAUGAAAGAAAUGGAUGAAAUCCGGCAGAAGAAUCCAAAUGUUCCCUUCGCGCUGCCUGAAAGUUUCAUGUGGGUCAUUGGCAAGAUGCCUGCUUAUCAGCAGAGGAUUGAUUGCUGGUGCUUUGCCAUGAGUUACAAGGAACAGCAUGCCAGCUAUCAUACCGCCUUAACGGACUUCCUGCAGGUGGUGGAGUGUUUCCAGGAAUCCGAGAUGUUGCCCUGCUUGCUGGGCAUCAUUUUAGCUGUGGGGAACUUCCUGAAUGGCGGCACCAAUCGGGGCCAAGCCGAUGGCUUUGACAUCGAGUCCCUGGCCAAGCUGGAAGGCAUUAAGGAUGCCACUGGCAAAGACAUCAGGCACUUCAUCUUUGAUCUUUUCCUGAAUCGGAUGAAUGAGCAGUCGUCGCAAUUCAUGGAGGAGAUCAUGCCCUGUAUGGUGAACAUGAAUCGGCGCAUCAGCAAGGACUCAGAUGGGGUAGAAAAGCUGGAUAAGUCCGCGAAAAUCGCCUUUGAGGACUUUGACCUCUGUGUCACGGCGCUGCACUCCGACUUCGUUGCAAAACACGAAAUGAUGCAGAUGAUUUUGUCAUACUUCGAAGAUCCUGCAGAUCCCUUCAAGAUGCAAAUGCCAAAGAUCUAUUCAGAAGCCAAAGAGAAACUUGAUGAGUUGUUGUCCUUGAAAGACACUGCAAAGGAGAUUCUGCAAUCUGUGAAAUCUCAACUUGGGGGAUGCUUGACAUGGCUCAUCCCUAUUCGUGUACUGCAGACGGAAGUCCCCAGAAUUCCUGAGCAGGGACAGUUGCUGAAGUGGUUCAAAAUUCAAGCGAUGAAGAGCAACGAGUUCUGCGUGCUGUGGGACAACCUGUUGAUCCCUGCAAAUUUGAUACUCAAUGCCGACAUGAAGAUGAAGAAGGACUGA